CGUAUCAUUUGGCAUUUAUCAAUCGCAAGAGAUGGUUGCCGAGAACGCGUAAACGGACGGAAACGAAAUGUACGCGAGUUUUAAAUGAUUGUAGUGUGUGUAUGUUGCAUAGGAAAUUCUAGUGAAGCAGUGAGCAAAACAAAGAUUGAAGUAAACAAAAUAAGUAAAUAACGCACAACUGAUAGUGUGCGACAUGAAGUAGCCAGCAAUGCGAAAAUCAACGCAUAUAAAGCGUCAGCAAAUGCAAUAAAGUGCGCUGAAGACGCGUUCUAGUGGAAAUGUCUGCGUUUCCGGUGAUAAAUAUUUAAUGACAUAAAUGCAUAAAUACAAUGAGUGCACAAGUGCGUAAUUUAUAAGUGAGUAGAUAGCAGUAUUGUAACCAUAAAACACUCAAUGCAGAGUCGCUGAAAAGUAAACGUAAAUAAGACAGGAACUAACUAGCAUAUCCUGCAUAAUAACUUAUCACGAAAGUCAGGUGUAGGAAAUACCAAAACAAAAAUAUAAAACAACAAUUAAGACAACACAACAACAACAAAUGUAUUGUCUGCAAUUUUGCAUUACGCUCAACGCAAUCGUGCUGCUAACGCUACACUUGUCAGCACAAGCUGUGCACGCCAAUGGCAACGAUAACAGCUAUGUUGGCAGCGCGCCUGCAGCGACUGAUGUGGAUAAAUACACCGCAGCGCAGGCGUUGCCAAUAUUGGCGCAUGAAACGCUUAGUCAUUUGCCGCAGAAUAGCGCCGACGCAGACGCUAACGCAGACGCAGUGCUCAUGGAUACGUUAGAGAAAAUAUUGUGGCAACAAUUAGUUUUGAACAAGCAGCAACAGCAACAAUAUAAAAUACCACAACAACAACACUCACGUCAACAACAACAACGUGUACGUCGUCAACAGCAGGAGCAACAUCAACGCCAACAUCGCCGUCGUCAGCGUCAAAAUAACAAGAAAUCACGCAACUCAUCCGAUGAUCUAUCGGCUGCUGACGGCUAUAGCGUAGAAACGACCGACGAUAUUGUAAUGCAGUUUACCGCAAAUACAGCUGAGGAAUCGAACGACGAUGACGAUGCGUCCUCAGCGGCGACAUCGCUGGACGCUGAUGAUGACAACCAAGACGAUAAGGUGCCCUACGACAUUUACACUUGUUGCAGCGAAGUAUUUGGCUCAUGUCGUACAUCAUGCGAAAAUCUUUCAUUGGUGCAAUUGGCUUCGUCAGACAAUGCGAAUGGACGUAGUCUGCGUUUGGAGUUGAAGAAAUAUUGUCCAUCAAUGCAAACCAGCUUUUGGAGUUGUAUGAAUCGUACGCUAGAAGCCGUCGCACGUGGCGCUGAGUGGUCGGGGCGACGUUGUUGCACUUUAGGCUUGUCACCGCGCUGCCGCAAUGCUUGCGCUACAUCAGAGUCCACAACGCAGCCACAACUAAUCAGCGCGUGCCGCAAAAGUGAUGAACAGCACAUGUUCGCUUGUUUUGAACAUCAGGAGACUGGCGAUCGUUGCUGCAGUACGGCGCGUACGUCGGAGUGUUUACAGGCCUGCCGCGACGUCUUCGAAACGCAGAAGACAUACAAACGCAACAACCACCAUCGUUUGCACGAGCUGUGCCACGAGAAACGCGAUGCUGAGGUGCUGCAAUGUAUAAACAACAUCACCGGCAUGACGCCAGUGACAAACUCCCACAAAUAUCUACCGUGCUGUGAGUUCUCCAAUGUGGAUAGCUGCCGCAGCGCCUGCCGUUCGGUAUUGAAUAGCACCGAAAGCAUUGAUAUCAUCAUCGGCGAAUUGGAGGUUAGUGGUUGUGGCAUACCGCUGCCACACAUACCGUUAUGGCAGUGUUUCUUGACAGCCGAACGCAAGAUCUUCGUGCCGGCUACGAAGAGCACCAACGAACUGUCACAGAUCAAUCAGAUUGGCAUUGACUCGGCGAAGUUGCAUUGCUGUGAGAAGGCGAAAUUUCUCAAAUGUCGUCGCCUCUGUAUGCAGACUUACUCGAAUGAUUGGACGGCGACGCGCGCAUUUUUCGAAGACUCCUGCCUGCUGGACCGCAACGAAUUGAAAUUGCGGCAAUGCAUCGAUGAAGUGGACGAACCCUGCGAACUCGGUUGUGAUGGACUCAGUUUCUGCACCAACUUCAAUAAUCGUCCCACGGAGCUAUUUCGCAGUUGUAAUGCCGAAGCCGAUUUAGCGGCACGUUCGGACUUGAAAAUGUGGCAACAAAAUGGUUCUGUCAUCUUGGAUGGCUUGGAGCUGCCCAUUAAGAAUAUGACACGUUGUGCGCCCGAGCAGUGGAAGGCCAUCGCAUGCGCGCUGCAAAUCAAGCCAUGCACACGUGAUCGUCACUAUAAUCAUAUCUGCCGCGAGGAUUGUUAUGAGAUAUUGAGCGAGUGUUUGGAUUGGACGCGUAUGCGUUUGGCGCUCAAUGCCGACUCGGUGUGCGCGCGUCUAUCGCCCAGCGAGGAUGUGUCUUGCGUCUCAUUGCGUCCAUAUCGUGAAGAGAGUGAUGUACCGAAGGAAACUGGUGGUUAUCAUGGCUUGACAGCGCCUUGUAAAGGACAUCCCUGCAACGCCAGUGGCGCAUGCAUAGCGCGCCGUAAUGAAAGCAACACUUUUGAGUGUGUGCCAGGUUGUAGACUUGGUGAGGCCUCCAACUAUCUGGUGCCAUUUGGCGCCUACGUGCGCAUACCGGUGUGGCAAGCUGAGAAGCCGUCGUCUAAGAUUGUUGGUGAUGCUGCGACGGGUGCGUUCAAGGUGUGUCGCUGUGGUGCGCAGGGACGCGUCGAACAUUGUCAACCCUUGCCGAGCUUCACUUAUGCGAAGUGUCUGCUGCCGGGUGGGCGGAGCUAUGAGCACGGCGAGUCCUUUUAUUUGGAAUGUAAUCUGUGUAGUUGCUUUGCCGGUGAGAUUACGUGCACGAAGAAGCAGUGUCGUUUGGCAAGCUAUCUGGAUCCAUCGUACACCAGUCUGCCCUGUAAUUGUCCAACACAUUUUGUGCCCGUUUGUGGCAGUAACGGCAACACCUAUCAGUCCGCCUGCAUUGCCAAAUGUCUGGGGAUGCAGGACAAUGAGUUGCAGUAUGGCGCUUGUGCCACAUUGAAUCCAUGUCGUGAGGGCGCCUACAGCUGUCCAGCGGAUCAUCAGUGCUUAGAGCAAAGGAAAAUCUGUUUAUCCUCGAUGCAUCGUCCUUGUCUGCAAUAUCAGUGUGUUAAUCUCACCGCCGGCUGCACAUCCGCCGAACCACGUCCGGUAUGCGAUAAGCAGCGUCGCACGCAUGCCAGCGCCUGCGAUUUACUUGCGGCGCAUGCCACGCUGGCGCACUGGGGCGCCUGCUUCCGCAGCUGCUCCAUGCAGGGACCGGUCUGCGGCAUCAAUGGCGUUACAUAUACACACGAGUGCGCCGCUUGGGCCGAUUACAUCAUAAUCGAUUAUCGUGGACGUUGUCGUCAGGUUGGUCUGCUCGUCGCCGAUAUGGGUCCGCGUUGCAACAGCGUCCGCUGUCCACGUUUACCGUCCCCCUACUGUCGUCGUGUGGUGCCACCCGGUGCUUGUUGCGCCAUCUGCGCGGGCGCUUUUCGUAUUGUCUACUCACGCAAACAGAUCGAUCGCGCGCUAUAUGCGGUGCGCGCGCAAAAUAAGGAUCUGCUCACGUUACAUAGCGUCUUGCAGGCAUUGGAUGCGCUCGUGCAGUUCUCCGAAUGUCAACUCACCGGCUUUCUCACCAUGGAAGUGGGUAUAUUUGUAGCGCUCGUGCCGCGCGCCACUACACCGAUGCGCAUGCAAGUCGAGGCGUGUGCGCGUGAGGCCGAACGCAUCUCGCUGAUGAUCGAGUCGCAAUCGCAUGAGAUCACAACGAAUUUGGUACUCUCCGGCCUGAUCGUUUCGCAUUUGGUGGAGCAGAGCGCGGAUGGCGGCGCGGGACGCUUACUGCUAAUGCCGAGUCUGGCAAUUAUCGCAGCGCUGACAGUGUGGACACUGCAGAGUAGACGCGUUUUAUAGUUAUAGCAUUUAAGUUGUUAUCUGCUGUGGGUGAAGUGGAAGGUGAAAAAGUGUUUUUGUAAAUCUGCUGAGUGAAUUCUUAGUGCCAAUCUAGUAGUUAGCUAAUGUUUAAUGUUUUUCUCUUUUUUUUAAUAUGUAUGUUAAGCAAUAAUAAGCCAAAAUGUAAAUAGUUUAGUUUUAAUUUAUUUAUGUGUAAAUUAAGUGUGGAAAAAAUAUUCAAAAUUAGAAAUGAGAAGAAAGUCGAGGUGAAUGCAAUGGAAAUUGGUUUUUGAAAGAAAUUUUUUUUGAAAAGUGUUGUUAAAGCUGUUUUGAAGUUUUAAUGUAUAUAUGAGAGCAAGCAUACAUACAUAUAUAUGCGCUAUAGAACUUAGAACCCACUUCUUUGUUGAAAAAUAACUGUUAAUAUUUCUAAUUUGCAUUAAAUAUUCGAGAUUAUUGUGUCAUAAGUGUAAACAAUUUUUUGAAAUAAUAAAAAUAUUGCUGUAAAUAUUAAAUAAACAAAA